AUGUAUAUUGAAAUAGGUCAUAUAAGUGAUAAUAUCAUAGGCUGCUUAAAUUCACUCUUUUAUGUGAUUAUAUCUCUUGAUCCUUUUGGAUGUUUUAACUAUAACAGCACCGAUUCUUCUCAGUCAGAUAUAAGUUAAAGUAUCCUGAAAACUUUUACAGAAAAGCUAAGCAAUUAACAAUCUAAUUGCGAAAUAUAUUAACAAAAAUCUGAAAUAUCUGAAGAUUCCAAAAUAUAUUUAAAUAAUAGUAAUACAAUAAUAGAUUCUAUUGAUAUGGAUUAUUCAAAGUCUGAAUGA